AAGAAAGGCGGUUUUCUUUGUGCUAUCUCCCAUCAGACGAGUGACCUUGCUCUAAAGUGUUAAAUCAACUUGUAUCUCAGCUGUAACCAUCAACAAUUUAUUUUUACCAGAUAAGGGACCCUGAUUUGAAGUGUUAUAUCAACAGUUGCUAACAUCGCAAUGGAUGUUAAAGAAGAGAAGUCUGAUUUACAACAUCGUAAAUGUGACAUUUGUAAUAUGUCGUUUAGUAAAAACAGUAGUGUACAGGUACACAUGAGAAAACAUACAGGUGAAAAACCUUAUAAAUGUGAUGUUUGUUUUAAGUCAUUUACACAGAAGGGUAAUCUACAGACGCACAUGAGAAUUCAUACAAGAGAUAAACCUUUUAAAUGUGAUGUUUGUAGUAAAUCAUUUAGUCAGAAAGGACAACAACAGAGACACAUGAGAAUUCAUACCGGUGAAAAACCUUAUAAAUGUGAUGUUUGUAGUAAAUCAUUUAUUGAUAGUAGUACUCUACAGAGACACGUACGAAUACAUACUGGUGAAAAACCUUAUAAAUGUACUCUACAGAGACACAUUAGAAUUCAUACUGGUGAAAAACCUUAUAAAUGUGAUGUUUGUAGUAAAUCCUUCAAAAAUCAUAGUCACCUACAAUCACACAUAAAAUGUCAUACAGGAGACAAAUCUUUUAAUUGCAAUGUCUGUAGUAAAUCAUUCGCCAAGAAUGGUAAUCUGCAGAUCCACAGGAGAAUUCAUACUGGUGAAAAACCAUAUAAAUGUGAUGUUUGUAGUAAAUCAUUUACUCAUAGUAGUAGUCUACAAAAACACAUGAGAAUUCAUACUGGUGAAAAACCUUAUAAAUGUAAUGUUUGUAGUAAAUCAUUUACUGCUGGUAGUAGUCUAAAAACACACAUGAGAAUUCAUACAGGUGAAAAACCUUAUAAAUGUGAUGUUUGUAGUAAAUCAUUUACUACUAGUAGUCAUCUACAGACACAUAGGAGAAUACAUACAGGUGAAAAACCUUAUAAAUGUGAUGUUUGUGGUAAAUCAUUUACCGCUAGUAGUAGUCUACAAACACACAUCAGAAUUCAUACUGGUGACAAGCCUUAUAAAUGUGAUGUUUGUAGUAAAUCAUUCACACAUUGCAGUAGUCUACAGUCACACAUGAGAAUCCAUAUUGGUGAAAAAACAUAUAAAUGUGAUGUUUGUUUUAAGUCAUUUACACAGAAGGGUAAUCUACAGACGCACAUAAGAAUUCAUACAAGAGAUAAACCUUUUAAAUGUGAUGUUUGUAGUGAAUCAUUUAGUCAGAAAGGACAACAACAGAGACACAUGAGAAUUCAUACCGGUGAAAAACCUUAUAAAUGUGAUGUUUGUAGUAAAUCAUUUAUUGAUAGUAGUACUCUACAGAGACACGUACGAAUACAUACUGGUGAAAAACCUUAUAAAUGUACUCUACAGAGACACAUUAGAAUUCAUACUGGUGAAAAACCUUAUAAAUGUGAUGUUUGUAGUAAAUCCUUCAAAAAUCAUAGUCACCUACAAUCACACAUAAAAUGUCAUACAGGAGACAAAUCUUUUAAUUGCAAUGUCUGUAGUAAAUCAUUCGCCAAGAAUGGUGAUCUGCAGAUCCACAGGAGAAUUCAUACUGGUGAAAAACCAUAUAAAUGUGAUGUUUGUAGUAAAUCAUUUACUCAUAGUAGUAGUCUACAAAAACACAUGAGAAUUCAUACUGGUGAAAAACCUUAUAAAUGUAAUGUUUGUAGUAAAUCAUUUACUGCUGGUAGUAGUCUAAAAACACACAUGAGAAUUCAUACAGGUGAAAAACCUUAUAAAUGUGAUGUUUGUAGUAAAUCAUUUACUACUAGUAGUCAUCUACAGACACAUAGGAGAAUACAUACAGGUGAAAAACCUUAUAAAUGUGAUGUUUGUGGUAAAUCAUUUACCGCUAGUAGUAGUCUACAAACACACAUCAGAAUUCAUACUGGUGACAAGCCUUAUAAAUGUGAUGUUUGUAGUAAAUCAUUCACACAUUGCAGUAGUCUACAGUCACACAUGAGAAUCCAUAUUGGUGAAAAAACAUAUAAAUGUGAUGUUUGUAGUAAAUCAUUCUCAAUUAGGGCUAACCUACAAAGACACAUAAGAAUUCAUAUUGGUGAAAAACCAUAUAAAUAAGAUGUUUGUUUAAAAUCAUUCACACAAGAAAUAUACAGUAGAAAAAUCUUAUCAAUGUGAUGUUUGAUAAAUCUUUUAGUCUGAGUGGUCAUAAAUGUGAUAUUUGUGGUCAUCUACAAAAACACCAGAAAUUACACUAAUGGUAUACAAAAAAAACCAAACCCAGCCACCGAAUGUUUAUUAGGAGUGUGUACUACUCUUCAACUGAAUUAAAUAUGUGAACUGCUCCCAGAAAACCAGGCUCUUGGUCAUUUUUAUAAAAAAUAGAGUUGGCAUCAUAUUUGAAUAGUCCACAGCCUAAGCUUUCCAAAAAUGCAAUUCUUUUUAAAUUUGUCAUAUCAUCUGGAGUAGAGUUUGGCUCAUUCACAGCAACAAGAAUGCAUACAGUUUAUACUUCUGUGUUCGUAGUACAAAAUGAAGUUGUGCGGGUCACAUAUAUUCCCAUUUGUCAGUGAGGUCAAAUGUAAUGUUGGAGUAAAUAGUUGUGACAUAAUGUAACACCAGUGUAACUCUUUUCCUAACUUUUGACCUCAAAUAAAGUAUUAAGCUGAAAAGGGAGAUAAUUACGGCUGUGGUAGAGUCUACUGACAACACUAGUGUUACUCAAAACAAAUUUAAACAUGGCUUCCACUUAUUCUACUUGGAUAAUCAAAAAGUCCAAUUUUGCCAAAUUUGAUUAGCAAAUUUAAAAAUUGAUUAGCUGUUUUUUCAAUUUCAACAUAAAACACUUAAAUAACAAAAUAAAUAUUACUUUAAAGUAGCUAAGUCUCUAACUAAAUAUCAUCCAAUGUCUUCUACAUUGAAAACACGAACUAAUUGUCAAUUUAAAUUAACAUUGAUGUGAUCUUACCGGGGAAAGAAGAGCUUCUGGUAUCCAGUAUUUAAGACAAAAUAAACAUUAUACCAUUGGUACAUGAAUCGUGUACCAUGCAUGUGUUUCAACGCCAGUUGUAAACAAGUGACUCGAAGAACAAAUCUAGACAUAUUCCACUAGUCCUGUCAAAUUCUGACGGCAUAUUCUUAUCUGGAGAGCAUGCGCAAUAAAUACUAUCGGGGUAGACUGGAAUAACCAGAUGCUAGCGAUUGUCAUUCGAUUGAAAUUCCUGGCGUAUUUCGCCGAAGAUAACCGAUUUGAAAUUAGAAUAAAAACGGAAACGAUUGAAUGUAAAUCAGUUUAUAUACAUUCAUAUUGCAUUAUUAUAUGCACUGCGACCCAUUUUGUGUCAAUGUCAAGGUCCCAAAUAUUAGCGAUUUAGCUCCUUUAAUAGAUAACAAAUGAUUAGAUUUCUUUCUUAGAUUUUUUUAGCACUGCUAUAGGUACAUGUAGCUGUGACAGUUUGUGAAUGCGAUGUAGACUUUUGGUUAGGUCUUAUGUCUGAAGCCAGUUCUUGGCAGUGGGUUCUGAAGCCCCACUCAUUUUAAUUGUUAUGUCUGCUUUUUACUGUGUACUAUUUUUUUCUGUUCAAUCAGGCACAAGCGGAUAUCAACGAAUAAACUAGACUCAAGCGAUAUAAACAAUAAUGGGGCUUUUUUUACUUUGAUGUAAAAAAAGACUUGUAGGAGAUUCUCUAUAUAUCAGAUUCAAUAUUUUUAAGAUUUAUUACCUCAAGGAGGUUUAUUUUAGCCUUAUUGGAUAUUAAAUCUCUACAAAUAUGAAAGUUGUUUUAGUUAAUUACUAUUAUGUAAACAUACUACUGUAUAAGGACUGUCAUUGAGUCAACGUGCACGGUUUCGAAUCCCUGGUUGUACGUGACAAGGAGUAGGGUCGCCUACUCGGUAAUAAAACAUGGUUCAAUUAUAUUUCAAUAAUUCGCUUGCGUGUAGGGGUCUUUAGCAGUGGGAGGAAACCGAAGGACCCGAAGAAAAUCCACAAGGUUGGACAGGCUAACAGCAAUUUGACUGAAUUUUUUAGCAUAUUCUGUUUUCAUUAUCCAUUCUUUUAACUAUUAUAGCGAGAACUGUCUGUCAGCACUUUAAGGAUUGUGUAUAUGUAUUAUGUCCUGCGUGUAUUCAUAUUUCCACAUACACAUUUUUAAGAUAUUUCGUAUGUACAUUCCAAUAUUUUUCAGAUAUUUGUGUAUUUAAGAUAUUCAUGUAUGCUAAUUAAGAUGUUUGUGUAUUUCUGAUGUUUGUGUAUGCUAAUUAAGAUGUUU